AGGGAGAGUUUCCCGGGGAAAGAGAGAUCAAGAUCGGGAGUGAUCAACAGCUGGUCUGGCGGAGCAGCUGAGUCGGGUUCGGAAUUGGUGUUGGUCUUAUAAAAGCCUCGUGGAGAGCGCUACACUGUUUAGUUGAUCGGCAGCGAGCGUCGCGAACGCACGUGCAUCGGACUAUAUAUAUAAACAUAUAUAUAUAGAAAUAUAUAUAGCGGGAAGCGGGGGAAAAUCGAGAAAUACAGAAAAAUCGAAGCGAAGCACAUUAUGUAUAGCAAACGCAAUUGAAAUUAAUUUACGCGUCGCUGCCCAUCUGCAUAAGUUCAAUGGAAGCAGAGGCAAAAGCCGGAGCAAUAGCAAACCAAGCAAAACCGAGAAGAAAAAUGUAAAGAAAGUGCAACAAAAAUCGAAUUAGGAAAUCAAAAAAGAAGAAAUAAAACAUAACAAAACAAAAUAAAACCAAGAAGUGCGCCUGACAACAAUAAAACAAUCAUCGCGUGUUCCAUUGUAUUUUAAUGAAAGGUUAAUUAAAAAAAGACUGCAAUUAUUUACCGUUGCAUUUGUUGGUUUUUUGGAGACUUUUCUUUGUGAUUAUGUGUUUUCAUUCAUAAGCCUGCAUUCUGUGUCAACUUUUACGAUCCAAAAUAUUCUUGUAUACUAUAACCACAGAGGAGUGGUACAAAGAAGGAACUUUGAAAAAUAAACCGAAUUCCGAAAAAAGAACAGCUGAAGAACUUGCAGUCAACAGAGUUUUCCCCUGUGACUUGGAAAAUAUUGAGAAAUCCUUGGGAAAAUGACACUCUUGCCAGAUAUCAAGGCCUCAGAUGCCGCCUGCUGUGUGGGUGGUGCAAAUAGUGAUGCCAGCAGUAGUUCCGGUGUCAGCAGCCACAAAGGUCAUCAUGAUAACCACGAUGGCGGUUGCCUAGGCAUCCAUUGUUGCACCACAGCAGCCAGUUCGGAGCUGUCCAUAGAUGAGACCUCAUCGACCUCAUCCAGAGGAUCCUCAGAAUUGGCCACAAAGGUCAACAACGAUUUGAAUGGUUUCCAAAGGCCAAACUAUCAUCAGGCAGUAGCACAUGCCAACUUUGAUCAUUGCGAUCCUGUGGAUAUUGAGUUCUCCGAUGUCAGGUAUACAGUGAAGAAGUUCUCUUUUCCGGAAAGGAAAUUUGUCACUAAAGAAAUCUUACAUGGCUUGAAUGGCAGUUUUCGCUCUGGUGAACUCACAGCUAUUAUGGGCCCUUCGGGAGCCGGCAAAAGUACACUUUUAAAUGUGAUGUCUGGUUUUUGUUCCACUGGUGUCUCGGGCAAUAUACGGGUUAAUGGCAAGCCAAUGGCUCCCAGCUCGGAGAGAUUCCGGCAAAUGCUUUGCUAUAUCCAUCAGGAUGAUCUGAUGCGACCACAGUUGCUGGUUGGAGAGAUAAUGCUACUGGCGGCCCAUCUUAAGCUGGGCUUCAAGGUCACCAAAGCUUAUAAAAUGGAUCUGAUCAAACACAUCUUAUCGCUGUUGGGUCUGGACCAUCGGUAUAAUGUGCCUACGGGGAAGCUUUCCGGUGGACAGAAGAAGCGACUCGCAAUCGCUUUGGAGCUGAUAAGUAAUCCUCCUGUACUAUAUCUGGACGAACCGACGACGGGUCUGGAUAGCUCCUCGUGCAGUUCUUGUGUGGCCUUGCUAAAGAAAUUGGCUUCUCAGGGUCAUACAAUUGUCUGUACGAUCCAUCAGCCGAGUGCCCUGAUUUUCGAGAUGUUCGAUAAGCUAUAUACGGUAGUGGACGGUCAUUGUAUGUACCAGGGACCUGUGAGGGAACUGGUUCCCUUCCUGGCCGAUCAGCAGCUCGUCUGUCCUAGCUAUCACAACCCAGCUGAUUAUUUACUGGAAGUGGCCGUGGGCGAGCAUCAACGUGAUCUGAAUGAACUAAUCCAUGCGGCUAAUAAAAAGUAUUACGAGGAUGUCGAUCGCUAUCGUUAUAUGAGCAGCGCCGAUAUGUCACGCCUCGUGGCAACAAUUAAAGACAACAUUGGUGGCAAGACGCUGGGAAAAUCCAGUCAAGAGCUGCCGACAGUUGCGCUGGCGCAAUUCUCCAGCUUCGAUUAUGUGAAAGCAUCGCCUCAGGAAUUGGCUCUGGAGGAGAUGAAGGCACUAAGUGGUCCCACUGAGAUCGUGGAGCAGCAAGAUCAUCUAAAGAAAAGUCUACAACAACAGCCACUUGCCAAUGUCAAUGAGCUUGCCAAGCCCCCGACGAAUGCCAUCAGGUCGGCCUCGUUCCUUAUGCAGUAUCUGCUCCUCAUGCAACGCAUCUUGAUCUGUGCCAAACGAAACUACUUUCUGCUGCUGGCCCGAAUCUUUUCGCACAUUUUCAUUGGCGUCGUCUUUGGGUAUCUGUAUAUGAACGUGGGCAACAAUGCCCAGAGUGUGCUGGGAAAUUACGUGUAUCUCUAUGGUUCCACUCUGCUCUUGGUCUACACCGGCAAAAUGGCUGUGGUCUUGACAUUUCCGCUGGAAAUUGACAUGCUGACACGGGAGCACUUCAAUCGCUGGUACAAACUGGGUCCCUACUUCCUCUCGCUGAUCUCCUUCGAAAUACCCUUCCAGAGUCUCUGUACCGCCAUGUACAUCAUCAUAAGCGUACAUCUGACUGGCAAUGAUGUUGUGGAUUCAUACCGGAUCUAUUACUUUAUGCUGCUGGGCAUAAUGGCCUCAUUAAGUGCCCAGGCCUGGGGCUUUUUCGUGGGAGCCACUUUGCCAACAAAGCUUGCCGUCUUUUUGGGACCUAUUCUGGCGGUGAUGUUCUCCGUAUUUGGAUUCUGCACGCGCUAUAUAGACAUCACGCCCCUUUUCCGAUGGAUGUGGCAUUUGAGUUAUUUCCGAGCUGGAUUCCAUGGGGCAUUGAAUGCCAUCUAUGGUAUGGAUCGACCCUUUUUGGAGUGCCCGGAAACUGCGAUGUACUGUCAUUUCCGCAGCCCAAAGGUUUUCCUCAAAUAUAUGAUGAUAUCGGAUGUUCACAUGUCCGAUUGUCUAAUCCUCAUGGGAACCGUGAUUGGAGUCAUGCAUGUGCUGACCCUCAUCACACUAUGGCACAAGCUCAACAGACGAUAGGGCUUCCACGCUUAAGGCUAGGACCACAGUUUUAAACCUUAUGUACAUAGUCGGGAGUCUUUCCAACUUUCCUUGUUUUAAUUUCGAAACUGAAUUUAUAAAUUUACCCUUUUUUGUUUUUUAAUUGAUUGAUCCGACCUAUUAUCAACUAGCUUAGGUAUUUAUUUAAAUAUUCCCUUGAAAUAUAAUAUGCAAGAAGGCUUUAGGGUAGCUUACUCCAGUUUAAGUGCUGAUAUACCAAAAAAAAGGAAGAUCAAACACAACACAAUUUUUAUAUAACCCAGUUUUCAUCUUGCCCUGUAAACUUCAUCAACUGAGCUGGUUUUUCCGCAAGGAAUUCCAUCUAUGCCAAAUCUUGAAUAUUCAUCUAAGCUCAUAAGGUCCUCAAACAAAGUUACAUUUGUGAUUUACAUAUUGUUUUGUCUCUUUUUAGUGAUUAGUUUUAAUUUGUAGUUCUAAGUUCGAUUUAUAUGUAUAUGGCAGAUAAUGUUUAGUUUGUGUAGCAAAUGUUUUAGAUUUUUUGAUUUCACAAUAAAAUAUUUGGUAAAUUUGAUAA